GCCACAGCGCCAGCACUCUCCCCGGAUCGAGCGGGGGCCUGAGCCUCUCCGCCGGGACAGCUCCGCUCGCGCUAGCUCGCUCCAGCGGCCAUGUCUGCCACGAUCGAGCGAGAGUUUGAGGAGUUGGAUGCUCAAAAUCGCUGGCAGCAGUUGUACUUGGAAAUUCGAAAUGAGUCCCAUGACUAUCCUCAUAGAGUGGCCAAGUUUCCAGAAAACAGAAAUCGAAACAGAUACAGAGAUGUAAGCCCAUAUGAUCACAGUCGUGUUAAACUGCAAAAUGCUGAAAAUGAUUAUAUUAAUGCCAGCUUAGUGGACAUAGAAGAGGCACAAAGGAGUUACAUCUUAACACAGGGUCCACUUCCUAAUACAGGUUGUCAUUUCUGGCUCAUGGUUUGGCAGCAAAAGACGAAAGCAGUUGUGAUGCUAAACCGAGUUGUAGAGAAAGAAUCGGUUAAAUGUGCACAGUACUGGCCAACAAAAGACGACCGGGAGAUGCUGUUUAAAGAAACAGGAUUCAGUGUGAAGUUCUUGUCAGAAGAUGUGAAGUCAUAUUAUACAGUACAUCUACUGCAGUUAGAAAAUAUCAAUAGUGGUGAAACCAGAACAAUAUCUCACUUUCAUUAUACUACCUGGCCAGAUUUUGGAGUCCCUGAAUCACCAGCUUCAUUUCUCAAUUUCUUAUGUAAAGUGAGAGAAUCAGGUUCCUUGAGUCCUGAGCAUGGGCCUGCAGUGAUCCACUGCAGUGCAGGCAUUGGGCGGUCAGGCACCUUUUCUCUAGUAGAUACGUGUCUUGUUCUGAUGGAGAAAGGAGAUGAUAUUAACAUUAAACAACUGUUACUGAAUAUGAGAAAAUAUCGAAUGGGACUUAUUCAGACGCCAGAUCAACUCAGAUUUUCAUAUAUGACUAUAAUAGAAGGAGCAAAAUUUAUAAAGGGAGAUUCAAAUAUACAGAAACGGUGGAAAGAACUUUCUAAAGAAGAUUUAUGUCCUGUUUUUGAUCAUUCCCCCACCAAACUAAUGAAUGAAAAAUACAAUGGGAACAGGAUAGGGCUAGAAGAAGAAAAACUGACAGGCGACAGAUACACAGGACUGUCCUCUAAAAUGCAAGAUACUGUGGAGGAGAACAGUGAGAGUGUUCUACGGAAACGAAUUCGAGAAGACAGAAAAGCUAACACGGCUCAGAAGGUGCAGCAGAUGAAACAGAGGCUAAAUGAGACUGAACGAAAAAGAAAAAGCAUCAAUUCAAAGUGAUGGUUGCUACCAUUUAUUGAUCGUUUACUGUGUGCCAAGCACUGUGCUAAGCACUUUUCAUAAGUUAUAUUAUCCUAUUUAAUCCUCACAACAAGCUUUUGAGGUAGGUGGUGUUAUUAUUAAGUCAUAAUCAACCUGAGACUUGACAUUUCUAUAUUCUUUUACGCUAUCUUUGAAAAGUCUCAUGUGUAUAGUUUAUUUUAGAAUUAGAUAUCUCUCCAAGAAAGACAUAACCUUGUACAAAUCAUAUUUCCCUCUUUGAAAAAUAUCUCUGACUAGAUUCUAUAGAAAUGCAGGCCAGAACCUGAUUACAUUAGAAAUAUUUAUAUUGACCAUUAUAUACUCUUAUUUUAAUGAGUACCUACAUUUCCAAAAUGCCUGCCUGGCUAUUAUAUUAUAUUUUAAAUCUAGUUGUCCUAGAUUUUUACUUUCAGAAAUAAAUCCUAUAGAGAUUUUUUAUGUAGUCUAUUAUAAGCCUAAUGCUUAUUAUGUAUAUCUGUGUUCAGGCAAGAGUCUCGGAGUUAUGCCUGCCAACAUUAACUUAUUUUUCUCCCAAUGGGUCCACAUGGGUUUGUCAGGGGGCAGGGAGUGUGGAUCUCUUUGUCUGCUGCACACUAGCAGGGGGUGGAGAGGUGGAGGGUGGCCGACGUUGGGACUUGGUGCAUCGAUCCUAGUCUGGGACUAAGUGCAGAGCAGAAAUGUCUGCACUGUGCUCCUGUGUUCUCAUUUCUACAUUAGCAGUUAAUUAUGUCUCUUACUUUAAGACACCCUUUUUUGGCUUUGACUUAUUUAGAUGGUAGGAGCACAAUACCUUAUGAAAUGAAAUUUUGAAAAAUAGAGACAUACUGUUUUUCCCACAUAAUAAAAUGAAGUUCUCCCCACAGGUCUUGGUCAUUCUUUGAAUAAUUUAUUCUGGAAUUGACCUGUGUGUUUUUUUUUUAAUCUUUUCCCUUAGUUAAUUGGUUUGAAUCUGAUUCCAUUUUUCCUUAUACCUACCUUUAUUGUUUAUGGGACAGCAAUACCAGCAGCCCUUACAGCAAUGGAUGUGUUAGAAAUUCUAGCCAUCUCUUGUUCCACUGAAUAUGAGUGAUAACAUGCCUUGGUGGGAAGAAACUCAGAUUGUGGAAGCUCCACAAUGCUUAUUCUACUCAAGAAUCCUCACUCCAGAAAUUAUGUACUUAUCGGCUAUAUCCAUGUACCUGGCCAUAAUGGAGCCAUUUCAUUGUUCAUCCAGAUUUGGGAAUUUAAGCUUUUAAGAUUUGGAAAUUUUAUGCUACCCACUUGGUUAGGUCGUGUGCUAAAGAAAAAACUCCUAGGGAAAUGUUACGGGUUUGCUGUCUCAUUUUCCCCUCAACAGUAGGGACAUUCAUCACAUUCAGAUUGCUCUAAGCAGGAGUGUUUUCUCUCGAUACUCUUCAGAGAAAGGGUUACCUCAUUUGGCCACUGGAUUCUAGAAACUUUGGGGAGAAUUUUUCCUCACAGUCAGUGCUGAUCCUUUUCUCAAGUCGUAUGCAUUCACUCCAUCACAGAGCUCGGCCAAGUGUAAGCGGCAGUUCAGACAACAAGCCACUGCUUGGUUUGGGAGGCUUUGUCCUGAUCAGUAACAGUCUGAACAGCUGACCAUGAAAACAUGUUAAAGUGCUCUGACACCUCUGUGCAAUCCACGAGGAGAGGGAAAAGUUCAAUCUUUUGAACUCUAUUUUGGUUUUAUAAUUUUGAGCGGAAUAUGAGAAUUAUGGGAUUUAGUGAGGAUAUUACAGAGUCGAUUUUAAUAUUGUCUGGUUUUUCCAUUGCAUAGUAUGUUUGGGGAGCUAUAAGGAGACUUGCUUAGGAAUUUUUUUCUUUAAAGAGACCAUUUGGUGCUCUAAUUUGGCAUAGCUAUUUUAGACACAUAAUAGUGUUGAUAUUUCAAAUGUCUGCUAUAAAAAAGUUGUUUUGAGUUUGGGAAUUCAAGAGAGGGAAACUGGGUAAGUUCAUUUUGUUUAUAAGGCAAUGCUUUGCUUAUCUUAGAGGAGUUUUUCUUAUUCCAGUGGCAAAACCUAUUUUGGGUGCAGUUUUGAUUUUCUGUUACUUCAGGUGUGGAGCCAGCUUGGGAACCUUUUGCUCUGUGUGUGAGCCCAGUCCUCAUUCCAUUCCAGCAUUAGCACGGGGGGUCAGUAUCUGAGGGCUACUGCUCCAAAGGAAGCACCAAGCAGGACUAAUUCCACUUGAUUUAUUUGAACUGAUUUCACUUUCAUCUUGUUAAAUAAAACAGCAAAAAAUGAUUUGGGUGAAUCUCCCCCCCCUCCCCCCUAAUAUGAAGCCCAUUUGUCUUUUCAGUCUUGGAAAUAGACUUUUAAAGUCGUUAACAUUCCCAAUGAUUUCAUCUUAUUUUCUUGUCCCCCAUAAUAAUACUUAAAAAGAAAAAAAAGUGAAUUUUUAAAAACACUGUUUCUUUUAGUUGUUGUAAAUGGUAAUUUUCUUUGGUAAUUGUGUCUUUAAUACCCUGUUGGGGAAGACAGUAUUGUAUGUUGAAUAGCUACAGUUCUGCGGAUCAGUUUAAAUAUAUAACCUAAAUUUAACCCCCAUAGUACCUCUUCUAGAUACAUCACAUUUCCCCUAUUUUGAGGUAAUAAAACUGAGUCGAAAGAUAAGUACCUUGUUCAAGAUUGCUCAGCUGGUACAUACCAGAGCUGGGAUUCAAACUCUACUCUUUAGAAUUCCAUUAACUACAGAUCUCAUACUUUUUCCAUUAUGUCACACUGACUCUGUUUUUAUGCAAUAUUUAAACCAAAUAUUUAGAUUGAAAAAUAUUAGGCAACUACUUUUACUUGUUAAAAUUUAAAGUAACCCUCUAUUUCUUAAGUGAAAAAAAUUCACCCAAAUCAAAAAUCUUAUGAAACAGUUUAAACUACUAAUAGACCAGAGAAAUACUGUAACAUCCAAAUGUUCAGUUUAAACCACUAUUUCAUGCACUUUGGCUGGGUUAAGUUCCUUUGUUUCACUGAACAAUUUUGUGAAUGCUGGGGAAUAAAGAUGUGUUUUGUAGCAGCACAUUAAGCAGCCAUAGUAGUUUUUGUGACCCACAGGUGUCUAAGGAGACUGUUUUCUUGAUGACUUGACAUUUCUCUCUCGGUGCUAGAAAAUCUGAGAAAACGGGUACUGAGAACACCAGAGUGCUUGGUGCUAUUGUUCUUUCCUUCGGUAGAAGGAGCCAGUAGUCAGGAGAAACUCCAGUCGUGGUAUUUUGGGGUUUUUGACUAAAUGUUUUUGAAAAAUAUAUGUGGGUAUGGUUUAUAUAUCCUGUUUAUAUAUGUGGGGAUACAAUAAUGACAAGUACUUAGAUUUGGGUUAUUUUUUUGUUUUAGUGAGGGAAGUUGGGGGAAGAAUGAAAAUACCAUUUAUCUAAAAAGUUUGGCUAUUUGCAAACAUUGUGAAAUAACAUAAAAAACUCAACUGCCCUAAAAAUAGCUAUUUCAUCUGUCUAUUGUUUGUUUAAACUCUCAUUUAUCUUUUUGGCAUUAAAAUACAAUAAAUCAA